AUGAGUGCUGUCCCAAAUUAUUAACAAUCUAGCAAAGUCAUCGUAUUGGGAUAGUACUAAUCAGGAAGAGGAUUCAAAGAGGAGGGAAGACUUAGAAUGGAUGCCAAAGAAUCAAUAUUUGAACGAAUACAAAUAAAUAGUAGUGAGGCAUUCAGUCGAGUUCAAUUUAUUUCUAUAAAUAAAAACAAUAUUUAAAUGGACAACUUAUUCUAAAUGGAAGAUUGCUGA